CUAGCAUAAAAUGUCAAUAUAUACAUUUGGAAUACAAAAUAGAGUACUUUGAUUUGCAAAUAACUUAAUCUUGUAUGUAACCUCUCUUUUUAUUUUGUCUUGGACGGUCGGACCAUAUUUACUCCCUAUUUACCACCCCUAGUUUUACUUUUUCCUUGAAGUGGGAGUAAACUUUUUUCUCAGACCACGGUAAUCAUUGACUUCCACCACUACGGUCUACAGGAAUGUUCUCUCCCUUAAAAUGUCCCAAAAAUCAUCAUCAAUCCCUCUAUCCAAACACGCCCUCCAUCCGGCACCAAAUGGAAACCCAAUUCCCACGCGGCCGGGAAUGCACCAGCCUCCGGCGAGCGCUCAUGGUCGAGAAAUGGAAGGAAAUCUCCGCCAGAAACACUUUCCCGGCUGGGUCAACGACAACGGCCGCCAACUCCGCUGCCGGAGACCGGUCCGCCAAGCCGAAGAAGUCGAGCGCCGCCGUGAGUUUUCACGGCGACUUGAAGAAGAUCAAAACGCCUAUUUCUCCCGGCAGGAAGCUGUGCAACUUGCUGAACUCAAUCUUCGGCGCGAAGACCAAACACCGCCGGGAGCCGCCGCCCGCGGAGGAGGAACGGAGGAAUUCGGUGCGGAAAUCGAGAUCGAUGAGGACAUCGACCCACCCGGCGUCUUGCCUGAGCAAGGGGGCGGCGCCGUCGAAAUCGAAAAGAAGCGUCAGGUUUUGCCCCGUCGACGUGAUUCUCAACGAAGGCGGCGGCGGCGGCCGAUUAAUCGGGGACAACAACGUUAACAGUUUUCGAGAUUUGCAAGGAGAAAAGUACCCGAACGACGACGAGGAAGACGGAAUGAGCUGUAGCAGCUCGGAUCUGUUUGAGCUCGAGAAUAUCGGCGGCGAUGCCGGAGGCGGGGAAGCAAAUGGGGACGAAUUGCCGGUUUAUGGAACCGCAAGUUUGAAAAUGAAUAAAGCCAUUUCCCAUGGGGUGUUUAUGUAAUUUACACAUUUGGUUAACCUUAAAUUGUGUCUAUUUGGGAAUUGGGAUCAUAUUUUGUGUUGGUGCCCUUUAGUUAGUUUAG